CAGCGCUCCUGUCUGGAGGGGCCGAUUCAUCCAUCAGGGAUCACGCAGGAAAAUUGCCGCAGGAACUUGAUGAGAACAUCAGCAGCUGGGACAUUUGGCCUUCUGUCCAAUAGAUGAAUUAGAAUGGUGGCACAUGGACCUUGUAUCCUUUUAAGAAUGUCUUAGUGUUUCAGCAUUCAUCGCUAUGCGAUUUUGCUGGUGCUCCAAAUUGCCCAGCAUCCAUUUCUACAUUGGAUUUGGGCAGGCUACAGACUGUGGACGCACUUUGGCGAGCACCUCUUUAGUGUUGGGCGUACUAAAUAUUAAUUGUCUUGGAGAAGCCCCAGGUGGAUUCAGCCAGGUGACUGCAUCGUGAUUUCAGAUUUGGAAAUGGUAGCUUAGUCUUGCGUAAAAAUGCUUGUGAUCACAUGAUGUUUUCCUUCUGAUUGAAGCUGCUUUAGCUGAGCACAUGAAGCUGAAGCUGUGCUCUCUAACAUGACCAUUGUGGCGGUUUGUGAGUGCAAUUAUUUACAGACUUGAGGUCAAUGCAGCCUGGAAUGCAGAAUGGAAAUUUGAGCUGCAUGUCAUUAUAGAAAGAGGAACGCAAACAUUAGAGCAGAGUGAGCGCGAGGGAGUAAGGAGAAAGGGCUGCCUUGCAGCGUUAAUGCAACGUGUGCAAGAU